AUGUAUCCUGAUGAUAUGGGCCUUGAAUGCUUAUUAUCAAUAAAUAAUACAAUAAAAAAUAAUUCUUCAAAUCAAUCAUAUUUUGAUGAUGAUUUUUCAUUUGAAUUUAAAGAAGAUGAAUAUCCAUAUACAAAUAACAUUGCAUCGCCUUUAUAUCAAGAUAGUGAUGAAAUUUAUUAUGAUAAUUUUUCAUCAGAAACAUUUUCAUCUAAUUUUAAUAGCAGCUCUAUUUCACCCGUCUCAAUGAGUGAGCUUGAAAAUAGUACUGAAAAAACAAAAAUGUACGAUUAUUCAAGCUCUAUUGAUCAAUAUUUUGAUAAUCACUCUUUUAGUGAUGAUUCUCAUGAUUUAUCACCAUCAAAAAAUUGCCGCAAAUCUAGUAAUUAUUUUGUUACGUCUUCAAAAUCUACGAUAAAAGAUAAUUUUAAAAGUUCAUUACCAAUAGUAACUACGACAUCUUCCAGAAAUUCUUCAAUGUCAUCAUUAUAUAAAAUUAAUCAAUCUUCAUUUACAAAUAAAAGAAAAUGGGAUGACAUUGCAAUAAGAGAAAAUAAAAUAUCAGCACAGACAGGUAAAAAAGGACCUGUUAUGUUGACAGCUGAAGAAGUUGCUGUAUAUAAACAGGAAAAAUUUGAAAUACCUUUAACAUUUCCUUUAACACAAACUCAAGAAAGAGAAUUAAAAAAAGUUAGAAGAAAAAUUAAAAAUAAAUUAUCAGCUAAAGCAAGUAGAUCGAAAAAAAAAGCUGAACUAGAAGGUUUAAAAGAAGCAUUAGAAUAUAAAAAUAAAAUUUUUUCCCAUUUUCUCGAUUGUGUACGUAAAAAUUCUUUACAAAGAGAACCAUUAUGUAAAUCAUGUCAAGAGUUAAUAAAAUGUGGACAGAUACCUGAAGAUAAAAGUAUUGAUGAAACCAUCUAA